AUGUUGCGAAAGUGCACGGCCCGCCUGUAUCGUUAUCAAGAAUUUGAGAUGUCCAAACCUGCCAAAUACCCGUUCAACUACUCCAGAGAAGCCCCUAAUACAUCGGUGUUUCCGCAAUACCAGAUGAACUUUUGGAUGUUUUGGGGUUGGGGAAGGCAAGAGCUGUGGAUAGAUCGGGAUACUCGGAAAUAUGAAACCACGUGGGAAAUGCUUCGCCGUCUACUUAUGUGGUUUUUUCCGUGCUAUUUUAUUUUCCCAUUCGGUAUACCGAAAUGGUUUGCAGCUAAUUAUUUUGGCGAGUACGGGGAAAAGCCCUUUCUAGAUUACACAAUGCAUUACCCAAUGGAUAAUCAUUACAUUGAGUGGGGUGGUAAUGUGCUUGACGCAGAAUGGCUACGUCAUAUACACUCAAAAGAGUCCUACUGA